GCGUGUGAGUAGAUAGACAGCGUCAACGACGGCAGGUCCCUGCAGACCCACGCCGAUGGGCCGCCGCAAGAGCGAAGUGAUGUAGUGAGCGACAGCGUAAGAGGAAGAAGAAGAUGAGAAGUGAUGUAGUGAGCGACGGCGUAAGAGGAAGAAGAAGAUGAGAAAGAAGAGGAAGUAGGAGGAGGAGAAGGAGAAGAAACGGAAGGAGGUGAAGGAGAAAGGAAGAAGACUAAGAAGUCGACCACGAGGAAGACGUACGGAAGAGGGGAGGGAGAAGGAGAAGAGGCAGGAGAGGUAGAAAGAGGGAGCCUACCGGUAUUGUCGGAACGACGGGAUAACUUUCGAGAGGAGGUUCGAUUAGGAGGAGGGGACUUAUCUGAAGGCUACCAUAGGCAUCAGGAUCUGCGAGGCUGAAUCUCUUUAGCCAUGGCAAGAGGAUCGUCAUCAACACAAACAGCGCGCUGAGGCGCGGGCGGGGUGGUGGGCGCGUCUACCGACAGGCAACGGGGCGGGUGGAAAGGCGCGGGCGGGCAGGAAGGUGCAGGGCGGACCAUUGUCUCUCUCUCUCUCUCUCUCGAUCUCUGUUGGGCGAUGACUGAGCAGAAGGGGCAGGAGGAGGAGGAGGAGGUGGAAGAUGACAGGGAAGAGGAGGGAGAGGUGGCCAAGGAGAAGGACGAUGGUGGAGCAGAAGGGGGAGGAGGACGAAGGGUGGGCGAAGGAGGAGGAGGAGGGGGGGAGGGAGGAAGAGGUGGCGGGAAGAAGGUUCGCCGGCGUGGUGGAGAUAAGGGAGUAGUUGUGGAAGAAGCGGAGGCGAACGAGGGGAAGCGGAGGAGGAGUAGGAGGAGGAGAAGGAGGAGAGGAGUGAUGGACGCGCCUAGAUGUCAUCGAACCGCGCUCCUGAAGUGGCAUUUCGCCGGAGGGGGAGGGGAGAAGGGAGAGGGGAGGAAGUCCUGUUCUGGAAAGGGGGGAUAUGUGUUGGAUGAGGCCAGGAGAAGUAAGCGUGGCAAUGCAAGCCAUGUUGCUGCUCUCUCCUUGACAGUGAGAAUGGAGCAGCCGAUCGUGAUAAGUUCCAGUUCUUCAGAGUCUCAAGAUUCACCUUCUUCUUCAUCGUCUGCCUCAGAUUGGGAUGGCGAGAACAGUGAUGGGAAUGAUACUGAUUCAAGUUAUGAUGGUGACGACAGCAGUGACAUUAGCGGCGCUGAUGACUCAGAGCAGGAUUCUGCUGUCAUGCUGAAAAGAGAAAGACCGGCCAAGCUAAAGGCAUGUCACACUGAAAAAGGGAAGGGGAACCUUCUUGACGACGCACUGACACUCAUGCAGGCAUCUGAUUGGGCGAACUUGAGUCUGGAUCAUUGCAAGGCAUAUUUACGAAACUUCAGGCUUCGCUUGUCAGGUACGAAGGACGAUCUCCUGGCAAGAGUCAAGGAACAUUUUCAUCUCAAUACCCCAGGGGUUGCACGCUCACGGUGUUACCCUCUGUCGUCUUUCGUGAUUCACUGCAAAAACGAUGUUUGCAGAGGCGACAUUAUUCGUUUUGUACAAAAGGUAAAGGAGGGUCGUAGGUGUAUCGGCACACGACUAGUCGUUGGAAAGGUUGUGAACGAAAGUUAUGGUACCGAGAAGCAGCAACACACCUUCACGGUGGAGGUGCUGUGGACCACUUCUGUCAAGGGCACCACCCUGCCAUUGAUGAAGCAGCUGCUAAUUAAAGGGCGGGUACUGUACCGAUCUGGCGUACGGCGACAGCUCUGGGAAGACGAACAAGAGAGGCAGAGAGUUCUUGAUGAGAAGCAUGCCAGAGGGGGCAUGGCACGCUCGAUGCGACAAGCAGUUCGCGAGGGCAAGAUGAGGCAAAGGGAUGUUGCCACAUGCAUGAAAGCUGUAAAUAAAUCUCGCAGCAAGCACCUGAAAUCUGGGGGCAAGAAGUCGAAGUCGAGAGCACAGCGUGGCGAGUCUGGUGUCCUGAAAGUUUCGGAGAGAGCUCAAAGGAAAACUGCACGGGGCAGAGGUAAGGUACCCACUGCUUGCAAGGAAGCGUGUGCUCCUGCGGUCUGUGGGCAACAAGGAGGUCACAGCGAGGCUACCAGUUCACGGCCUUCUCAGCACACCUUGCAAAUGGCAGAGAAGGGGAAAGAGAAGGACAGGCAGGUCGCCGGUCGCCCUUCCAACAAAAGGUCGGCAGUGGCGGGUCCGCUCUGCGUGGACGCUGCCAAGCGGCGGAAAAUGGAACAUACAAUGGAGCCAUUGUCACAGAGGGGGGGAGGGUACAGUUCCAGGGUUCAGCAGCGGCCCGCCCAGCAAACUGAUGCUCACCGAGGGAGAGGAGGGCCAUCGGUUCCCUUUUGCUCUUACAUGCAUCACCAGCUUGUUUCACCGCAUGUUAGGCCAGGCACUAUAUCCGCAUGCAACAGGCAAGCUAUUGGUGCCAGGUAUGAGGCUGAACAAUUUGCCAGUGGCAUGGUGGCACCUGGCGGAAGGGAGCCUGCCCUUGCACCUCCGUUCAUGGAGAAUGGGAUGUGGAUGAACCGGAGGAACGUCGCCGCCAUGGCCGUGCUGCAGGCAGCCGCUGCAUUGCCGGGAGAUGUGCCUGCCGUGUGUUCCGCCCUCUUCCUUCUCACAGGCGCUCUGUUGCACAGCAUGUCGUUGACAUGUUUGGUGGCCACUGCAUUCGAGAGACAGAUGGACAGCCGGCGAUGGAUCUGGGUGUUGGCACGCAGUGCAGGAGUGUGGGACGACCUGCAGAAGGUGGGAGGCAGCCAUGAGAAAGUUUUCCAGCGCUUUUGCAGACUGCCUAGGCCUUUGUUCAACGAUAUCCUCUAUCGCAUCGGCCCACAUAUCCAGCGGCAAGCAACGAAUUGGCGACAACCGGCGCCUGCAGGGCAGAAGUUCGCAUGCGCGCUCAUCAGGUGGGUGACUGGCGGUUUCUACAGGCAGACAACGCAUGGUUUGGGGAUGGGUUUGGCGAGUGCCCUCAGGAGCAAUGAGGAUGUCGCGGAUGCGCUCAUCACCGAGUAUGGGCAUUUGCUGCAAUUUCCCACAGGUGACAAGCUGCAAGAGAGUUUGGACGGGUUCGAGAGGAAGGGUUUCACUAGACGUCCGGAAACUAUCGGACAUGGGUCCGGGUCCGGUGUAGCCAUGUUUGAUAAUGACUUUGCAAGCCCUAACCAGGAGGGAUCUACCCCCCUAGCUGGUCAAGAUGCAGAAGUCUCACCAGAUCAGGUUGCAUUGAUGCCCUUCACCAAGAAUUUUGGAGGAAAGCAAAGCAGGAGAGAUCAGCAGAGGUGCAGUGUUAGAGACGACUCACCUGGCGCGAUGGCUGGGAUCUCCAUCCUCGGCUUAAGCCGGCUUUCCACCUGCAGCACAGGACAGCUCAACGCUCCAGCUUUCACCGGUCAGCUCAACACUCAGCUUUCGCUGAAAGCUUUUCACACGACGAAGACGCUCAAGAACGGUCAAUGGACUGGGCUAAUUUGACGGAAUUCUCGUUGGAAUUCAUUGAUAAGAACUGCGCUGCAAGGACCGGAGCGUCGGGCUGAACCACAAUUUGAAGACUUUCUGGAAAACACCGUACUCAGGGUUCGAUGCAUGUGGGCUCAACAGAGGAGGUCAGUGGAGCAGGAGACUGAUUCAGCGGAGGUGCGGCUCUGGAGAGG